AUGCACGGGAGCAACAGAUCCGAGCGCAUGCGCAAUUCAUUGUUUUGACUGAAAAUGCCGUCGGUUUCGAAAACGGCGGCCAAUGCGUCUCCUCAAACCGAGAAACCUACCCACUAUACAUACUUGAAGGAGUUCAGGACAGAGCAGUGCCCGUUGUUCCUCCAGCACAAGUGUACGCAGCACAGACCCUUUACCUGCUUUCACUGGCAUUUUCUCAACCAGCGGCGAAGACGACCCAUAAGGAGAAGAGACGGGACUUUUAACUACAGCCCGGACGUGUACUGCACGAAGUACGACGAGACCACAGGCAUUUGCCCGGAUGGAGAUGACUGUCCCUAUUUACACCGGACCACUGGUGACACAGAGCGCAAGUACCAUCUACGCUAUUACAAGACAGGCACUUGUAUCCAUGAGACAGAUGCUCGAGGGCAUUGUGUGAAGAAUGGCCUCCACUGUGCUUUUGCUCACGGGCCACAUGAUCUCCGACCUCCAGUCUAUGAUAUCAGAGAGAUCCAAGCACAAGAGGCCCUUCAAAAUGGACAGCUGGGAUCUGGGGAAGGUAUUCCUGAUUUGCAGCCUGGCGUAUUAGCCAGCCAAGCUAUGAUUGAGAAAACUCUGACAGAAGACCCUCGGUGGCAAGAUACCAACUUUGUUUUAGCCAAUUAUAAAACAGAACAGUGUACUAAGCCCCCAAGACUAUGCAGACAGGGCUAUGCUUGCCCCCACUACCACAACAGUAGAGAUCGAAGACGAAAUCCACGAAAAUUCAAAUAUAGGUCAACUCCUUGCCCGAAUGUGAAACAUGGGGAUGAAUGGGGCGAGCCCUCAAAGUGUGAAAGUGGAGACAGUUGCCAGUAUUGUCACUCUCGCACUGAACAGCAGUUUCACCCAGAGAUCUACAAAUCUACCAAAUGCAAUGAUAUGCGACAAACUGGAUACUGUCCCAGAGGACCGUUUUGUGCAUUUGCACAUGUAGAAAGAAUUCCCUCUACAGAGGAGACCAUGAGUUCUUUGCUAACAGCGAUACAGUCGAGUUCACAGUCCCAGCUGGGCUCUCAGCAGUAUUCAGAGUGUCCAGUCAGUGAGUGGAACAGUGGAGGAAACUCCACCACCAGCGCAACCAGUAGCAAUGGACAAGUGGGAAGUGUUUCAUGUUCUAAUAGCUCAACUGUAACGCCAAGCUCAGGGAGCGACAGUUUGUUAUCCCCAGUGGGAUCCAUCAGCAGGCCCAAAUCCUUAACUAAUAGUAGUUUAUGUUCAGAGUCCGCCACAUCCAGUGUCUCAUCUCUGACGUCUAACUAUCCUAAAGCUCCGGGCUUUGAACGUGAGGAUCAGAUUAAGAACAAGGGGCAGGUGGAUCAAAAAUUGAUGGACCAAGAAAAACAGACACAAAAUACUGUAUUCUCUGCGGUGAACCCUUUGGCAUCAAGCUUUACCUCCAGUAUAACAUCCAGCUUGGCCUCGAGUAUUGGCUCAGAUAGUUCCUCACCCACCACCUUAUCAACGAUGAAUGCAAAAGCCACUCCUUUCUAUCCAGGGAGCAACACAGUGGAGUCUGUCAUAGGAUCCGCUCUGGAUCUCAACUUCAGUGACAUUAAUGUUGCAUCUCUUGAUAAGGAGUUGGAGGAACAAGACAGUGUUGGGUUGGCAAGUCAAAGGGUGCUUGGUGGAUCUGCUCCCGUUAACAUUCCCGGCUCCCUGGCACGAUCAUCCUCUUUCAAUUCCUCAUCAUCACUCUCCACCUCCCCGCUAAGCUCCCUUUCCCAGUCCCUGUCACAGUCUCUCCUGUCUGGGGCGGUAUCACAGCAAAAUCAACCUUCAAAUAUGUUAGCCAAGCAAGAGCACGGCCUCCUGGGAACACCCACCUCCUCCUCUCAGAACUCUUUGGGCUUAAAUGGAGGAGCCAGCAACAUUUGGGACUUUGUAAGUGGCAGCUUUUCGCCAAGUCCGUCUCCAGUUUUCAGCAGCCUAACCUCCACGACCAGCAGCGCUGAUCUGGCCCGCCUUUUUAGAGAGCUGGACGAGGCCAAGAGGAAGAUCAAACAAUGGGAGGAGGCCUGGCAUCAGGUCAAACAAGCCUGUGAAGCUUGCCAGAAAGAAGCUCAUGAAGCAAAGGAACAAGCAAAAACAGCUGAGGCAGAGCGGCAGCUGGCAGAACAGAAAUGGGAAGAAACAGAGCGCAAGCUGAAAGAGCUCCAAGGGGACUUUGAUGUGCUUUGUCGCACCCCUGGAACACCUCUUCUGCGUAGCUAUGGAGAGCUGGACCAGCUCCCCUUGUCAAAGCUUCACUCCAUCCAGAGUCAGCUGCGUAAUGACCUAGACCUUAUAGACGGGGUAAUAUAUCAGCUUCAGUCAAAGAAAUGUAUAGUUUGCCAAAAGCAUGAUCGUUGCAUUGUUCUGCAGCCUUGCCAACAUUAUGUACUAUGUGAGAACUGUGCACCUAGUAAAACAGAAUGUCCCUGCUGUAGAACGAAAAUAUUGAAGUGGUGAUGUACAAUUACUCAAGGUACUAUUUAAAGAAUUAGCCCUUCGAAAAACUACUAAUAGAUAUUACAUUUUCUAAAUAGCAAUGUCUGUUUCAUACAGCGAUUGAAAUAAUUUAGAGCAAAAUGAUGUUUGACUGACAAAACAAAUAGUAUUAUAAAUUAGAUUAUGUACAGGGAAUUCAAUCAUUAUAGAUUUUGCUCAUUUUAUGUGAACAUUACCUUUGACAACUAGAUAGCUUUCUCAAUGGAAAGCCAUGCACUCAAAUUAGAAUAUGAAAUUACCUUGCAAUGCCCUUUCUCAAAUUUUCAAUCACGAUUCAGACAUAUUAAAGGACAUAAAUCUACAUUUGGUUUACACGUUGUUAUGAAUACAUUUUGGCUAAACACAGUGCAGUUGCACUCUCUCCUAACAAAAUGCAAAUAUGCAUUGUCAAUUUGACAUAUCGCCCUUACAGAUAAAUAAAAUCCAAAUGGGACCAAUAAACUUGAUUAAAAGCUUAAUAGACAAAUAUAUUAAUGAUUAUGAGUUCAUAUUUCUGGCCACUUGUCUUGCUCUUUAUGGAUUGGUAAUAUACUUAACGCUGCUUCUUGGUAUUAGUGUGGAUAAAUCUCUAAUCCCCCGAGGUAGCAUCUUCUUAACUUAAUGCACUUAAAGUCCAGCCAGAGCAAAUUUGAUGACAUUACAACCCCAACUUUUGAGGAAAUCUGUUCCAUCACAGAUUCUUGUGUGCGAAGAAAGGGAACUUAUUUCACUGUAACUCAAAUAGUCUGUCUUAACCAAAAUUGGAUACAUCUGUUAAACAUAAAAUGGGCAAAACUCAAAGCUGGUUUGUCUUUAACUGAAGAGGAAUGUGAUUGAUACUUAAUUGAGAAAUCAUAUGUUUUUGUCUGCCUUAUUAGUCUGAAAUUCCAGAAAAAUAAAGAGUGUACUCACAUCAUUUCACUAAGCAUGGAGCUUCAAAAACUGGCAAGUGUGAAAUGGGAUGCUGAUCCAUGUCGUAUUAGAGAGCACUGCAGUGUUUAGAAGCUCCAUGCUCUGAGGAAACACUCCUGUAUUCUUGCAUUCAACAUGGUGAAGAGUAAUUAAUGGAAAAAUAAUAAUCUGGCCAAAGUGUUAUCCAGCAGUAGUCACUUAAUAUGCAGAUUUUUACACCUGAUGAGUUAUUAGUGCUGAUCGAAGACCUGUGUCUAUAAAUCAGCAGCAGUAAAUCAGACUAACCAAGGACAGAACAAAACACGUGAAUGCUGUGAGUUUGCAGUGUUCCUCUUGAAUUAAAGCCACAUUUUGUUAAACCCCAGUUUUCCAUUGACAUUUAAUGCAACCAGUCAAGCAUCAUUAUUUUGACCAACUUUCUGAAGAAGUUUGAUUUCUUAUUAAAGCACUUUGUUGACCUGGGACUUUAUUAAAGGGUAUAUAGAAUUUUGCUUUAAGCUGCUUUGUAGGUAUUCUUUUGUGUCUUUUUUUUAGAUUUAUACUUUUUUUCUAUAUAAGCUAAUGUCUGAAGCUUUUGUGUGUACUGUGAAACAUAAUUUGAAUAUUUCAUGUUUCCUAUUGUUAAAUCAUGGCAUGGUUCUACAUAUUAUUAAGAUUUCAUAGAAAAGUACUUAAUAGUUUCUACUUUCAUAGUUAGAUUUAUAAAAUUUCAAUCAAAUAAGUGCAAAUUUAAAAUGCAUUUUAGGCAUAACCAGCAGCUGUAAUAUCAGUAAGGCACAUGCUACAUGUUAAGGCUGUUACUCAAUCAGUUAGUUUUGUUUUGUAGAGAUUUAUAUAGCCUAGCCAUUAGAGAAGCAUGUAUUGUAUUUGCUAAAAGCCUGAAAUGGUGAUUUUUGUAGGAAUCUAGCCUCUUGACCUUGUCUAGAACAUAUCGGCCUCUAACUCUAAAGUGCCUUGCCUUAGUUGAAAAGGAUAUGUGUAGAAUUGUCAGAGCAAACACAAGUAGUUGAAGCUUGUGCGCAGGUUUCUACAAAAUGUGUCUUUGUUUAACUUUGCAGAAGAAGUUGACAUGUAUAUGACUAUAAUAUGUGUAUAUAUUAAUAAUAUGCCAGUGUAUUUGGCCAAUCCCAUUAAGUAUUCCUGCGGAAGAUAAUUGAAAACAAACAUUGUCAGUGCCUGUGUCCUGACUUCAACCUUAGAAAUGAACCUCCCCUCUCCCUUCUGACCUCCCACCUGCUCAUUCCUUUGUCGUGGUGCUCUUUCGGUGCAGCUUCAGUCUUUGAAAUUAGGUUUUUCAAUUUAACAUUUGGGAGUAUGCAAACAUAGAACAUAUGAAUUUGUAUAGCAACAUAUAAAAAUGCUUUUGAAACAGUUCUAUAACUUAAAUUAGUUGUAUUAUAAUAAUUCUGCAGCGAAUGAAGAAUCCUGUAGUUAACUUGUAAGUUGGAUUUUGCAUAGGAUUUGUGCUUAGGUUCCUCUAAUUGAAAUGACCUUCUACUGUGUUAAAGAAAUCUUUUUAUUCUUGCUUUAAAUUCAAUAGAAAAUCAUGUAUCUCCAGGUACACCUUUUUGCUACUUAUAAAUAUGGGAAAAUACAUUGUUUACAUUAACAUAAAUGACGAUUAAGCAACUCAGAGGAAAAAUAUCAAGAAAGGUUAUGGUAUUUUAGCAUUUUCAUGAUUAUAUUUCAGCAUAAAAGGCAGGCUAAACACUUCUGGUAUUGCAUGUUAUGCGAUAUAUUAACCAGCUACAAAAAAAAGAGAAAAAAACAAAAAAAAAGUUUGCACUGUGUCACACUGCCAGACUAUUUGUAUUGACUUAUUUUUAGUGUAGUAAAGGCUUAAUAACUUCUGCAAGCUUCGCUGCUACUGGAAAAGGUAUUGAUGUAGUUUCUUGUUAUACAUUUAGUGUUUAAUGUUUGAAUGUUGUGCAUCCACAGGUCAGAUUUCAGAAACUAUGAAAUAAUCUGUCUUCUGCAUUCAACUUGACUAAACCUUAUUUGAUUGAAUAGUUCAUUUGUAAAUCCAUUUUCAGUCAAAGUUUCAGUACUUUUGUAAAAUCACUUAGAAUGAUGUCACAGACCUCUACUGCUGUAGAUUGUCCCUUUUUUAAUUGAUUGAAGGUAAAUGUAUUUUUGUUGGAUUUCUUUCCCCCCCCAUACACUGGAUAGCAGUGUACGGUGCAGCUAAUUUCACAGGGUCCUCUGGUCUAUUUUGUUUUGCCUGUGAAGCCAACUAAAUUAAUGAUGUCUAGUGUGAAAAUUAAAAAAAUCAACCAAAGUGGUGUUCUAGUAGCUGUUCAAAUGUGUAUUCUAAAGGGAAAAUUUACCCUUGAACAGAAUUCAGAUAAUUGCUAAGGUACUGGAAAGAUUAGUCUGUAGUUGUGAGCAAGUUAAAGUGGCAGGUCAGAGCACGGAGGUUAUGUAGAUGAAACCGAGGUCUAGCAUUUUGAGUGGCAGGAAUUCUGUUCUUGGAUGGAUUUUUGCUUUAACAUUUCAUUCAGUAGGACAUAUAUCCUCUUAGUGAGUAAACAACAGGACUAUGCCAAUGGCUUUUGCUUACAACAUUAAUGGACUUGAGCCCAUUUUUUGCAGUUUUACCAAAGACCUGUACUAUUGUUAUUUCUUUUUGUACUACAUUUCAUCAUUACUUUUAUUUCAGUAAGAAACCUAAAUUGAUUUUAAAAAAGUAAUCACCUAGUACCUUAAAUAGAUAAUGUUCAUUAACAGUAAUUAAUGGCAUCUUUUUCUAUCUAAAGUUAGCUAUAGUGAGUUGAUAACACAAAUGAUCAAAAAUGCAUGGGUCAGAUCCUCACAAAAAUGUGUAUUUGUACAUUUGAUUUUGUGUUAAGUAUACAUUGACGUUUAUGGCAGAUUUGUGCAAUAAUGGCUAGCACAUGCUGACCUUAAGCGAGGAUUCAGUGUCAGUUUAAUUGUUGUCUACAGUGAAGGAAUGUCAAAGGUGAAUGACAUUUGUGUUUCUGAAGUGGCCAUAUAAACUUCACUACAGUACUGUUCUGAAGUUAAUUUUGUCUGUUGAUUUUGCUUAACUAGAUAAUCUCAAUCACUUUGGAAAUUGAUGGUUAUGCAUUAUAUGCUGUUAUGAUAGGCCUGACUGUAAGGUGCUUUCUUUUUACCUGACUUUUUGUUUUCUGUUUCUGAAAGCCGUGGUCCAAAUUAGGUUUUGUUUUUUUGUAAAAUUACAGGGGACAGAUGAUGAUUGUGACAAGCAUCAAUGGCAGAUACAGACAUAAUUAAAACUGAGUUGUUGUGAUGCUAAUUUGUUAUUGUGGCCCUUGAUCUCUCUAGUGGUCUACUUAUGGCAAUUCAAGUUUUCUUAAAGAAUUUUAACAAACAUUCACUCAGUAAGCACAGUUUCCAUUUCUUUCCAUUUCUUCAGAUUUGUUAAAUUUAUCUCUAAUGGACCAAUUACACUUUGAAGUACAUCUGUGCCUUUUAAUAAUUGCAUAAUGUUGAUUGGUAUCAAGAGAAUAUUUCUGAGUCAAAUGAUAAAAUAUAACAUGUUUAAUUAGAAUCAAAAUUCCAGUGCCUUACAAUAUUUUUGUGGACCACAAUGUGAUUGCUAAAUAUUCUUCUGAAUUCAGGCCACUUUGAGUUGAGAGUAAAAAUGCUAAUCUAAUGAGAUUUGCUUCACCAGUUUGACAGGAUGUAAUCAACUGAUACUUGUCUAUCUCAGUCUGUAUUUGCCAUAUCAUUAAAGAAAACACAGCAAUACCUAACCAUUGAAUACACAGUUUUGAUCUCAAUUAAUUAUUUGGCACCAAAAACUCAACUGUUUGAGAGGAAAAGCACCAAAUAGGAAGAAUCUUGUAAAUGAACUGUAAUAGGUGUAUCAUUAUGCUCUGCAUUGGAAUAGUUUAAUCUAUUUUGCAUUAUUGUUAGUUGUUGUGUUGUCUUUUUGUUUUUAAUAUUAUGAAAAUGGAGCCUGAAGAUUUAUGCAAUCUUGUACAUGUAUAUGAGUAUGAUGUAUGGAACUGUUCAAAUUAAGUAAAAUACUAGUACAACAAGUGUUGUUGAAAAGUAAAAUAAUCUGAAUGUGGAACCAGUUGUUCCAUAUACUUUAGAAAAUUUCAGUAGAAAUGUUAUUUUAACAUUGAAGCCCUGAAAUAUUGAAUGUAUUGUCCUAAAUUAGAUAUUCAAUGAAUAGGUCACUGGAUAUUAUGGAGCGCAGUUAAUUCAUUAUGAUGUAGCAUCUAGUUGUGAACUGCUAUUCAAUAAAAUUUAUUAGAACUAAAACAAA